AUGUCGGCGUUUCUGAACCUCCCAAGUGAACUCAUCUAUCGUAUCUUGGAUUUUGUCCCCAAGCGCACCCUCUUGAAAGUUUGUUUGGUUAAUCAAGCCCUUCGUUACUAUUAGUUGUUUGCCUACAUCGAUACCCUUUCACUAGAGGGCCAUGAUCAUUACAGUCUUGAGCCUAUUCCUCUUGAUGAUUCGCAAGUCAGCGAGGCAUUCUGGGAGUUCGCCCCAAUCAUAGCAACAUUCAAUGUGCCAUUCGUCAACCAGUGGGUGCGGGAGCUGUGGGCAGGCAGCAUGGGCGCGUUCGCUGCUCUGUUGCUCACCCGUCUCUCCUGGACGACCCAUCUCACCAUCACUUACAACUUUGUUCGAAAGACCGACCUGAUCGGAAAAGUCCUCCAGGCGAAAGCGAUCGGCGGACUCCCUAGGUUCUACCGGCUCAAGCACAUGGUCUAUAUACACGGUGAGGAGUUCGCUUAUUCUCCACAGCAGAGAUCCAAAGAUGGAAUGGCUCUCUUCUAUCUGCCCACGGUCACAAACCUGGCCGUUUGGGUGAGGAAUCAUACGGUUUUCCGUUGGCUAGAUGGAAAGCCUAAUCUGGACCGCUUGACGUCGCUUGAUAUUGAAGGCUGUUGCCCGACCUUUGCGGCUAAGAUAAUUGCUCUCACACCUAAUCUGAAGUCGCUUGCUUGGGCAUGCCACUAUUCAUACAACACUCGCGAUCCAUGGGUCACGAGGAGCCUGAACUUGGAUGAAGUCAUCACGGCACUGUCACCUGUCCGAGGGACCUUGCAGAGGUUCCAGUUCAGGAUAUGCAUCGUCAGCAGCUACUCGCCCGAGUAUGAGCCGACGAUAUGCGUCUCGGGAUCCUUCGAGGGCCUCGUCCAUUUCGAUCGCAUAACCCACCUCGACGUGCCGCUGGUGUGUCUUGCAGGUUUCGGGCCAGGGCCUGAGUCGCUGGGCCGCUAUGUCCCUCGCAGCGUCGAGGCACUGCUCCUCUCAACCACGAUGUUGUUUGACAGGGCGCUCCCCUGGAUGCAGGAUGAAGAUGAGGAAUGGCCGGACCAGGAGGUCAUGGACCUGCUCGUGGAACUGGAUCAAAGCUAUCGCACCAGACUGCCGCGGCUGCGUCACAUCAGUAUCACUGAUGAGGUUGAUAGCUUGGACAUCAGUGGUCUCGAUCAUAUGUUGGAGGAGACACCUUUGAGUCUGAAUGUUGAUAUUUUUCCGGGGCACUUCCGGCAUUGGCACAACUGGUUUUAG